UAUUGUACAUGGAGACCAGCCAACAAGCACUACCUACACUAAAGUCACUCCAAAGCUUAUAUUUGCUCAAAGCCCUCUCUCCCUUUCUCUUUCCAUUUGCUUCUCGAGGUUUCCCUUCUCUAGGUUAAUCGAUACUACAAUCAAAGAUUCCAUCUCUCACAUUUUCUUGUCAGCUAAACAGAAAAGUAACACGCCAUUAAUUUCCAAUAGAUAUAUAUAUUUCAAACUAAUUUGUAUUCGUUUGUUUAUUUCUAUGCGAGUGGCUGGCGGGGCCAGCAGCUCCUGCGCGUCAAAUACCCACUCUACCUUAUCCACGUGUCCACAUCAGCUUUUCCACCAACCGCCGAUGAUAAUCCAAGCGCCGUCCGUUUCCCACCCGCUAUUUUAAUUCCAAAUUGAAUCGCCCAAAAACAUAUUUACUCACCACAAUAAAUUACCAAUAAACGCAUGGAGCCCACCGUCCUCGUCCGGGUCCCGCCCCAUCUUUCCUCGCCUGCCUUUAUAAUGCGCACCGCUUUCGAGUCACCUACCACGGCCGAAAACCGCCUCCGAUCGCUUCCCAUGGCCUCCAGCGAACCAAUGCGCCUCCGACCCAGCGUCGUCCGCAUUCCUCUUCUUUGGUCCUACUCCGACGACGUCGUGUCGCUCCAGAGGUUCCUGCCCUGCAACGGCAGCGGCUGUGCCGAUUCGUGCGGCGCCGACGAGUUUCGGAUGUACGAGUUCAAGGUGCGGCGGUGCGGCCGAGGGCGGGCGCACGACUGGACGGAGUGUCCGUUCGCGCACCCGGGGGAGAAGGCGCGGCGGCGCGACCCGCGGCGGUACCACUACUCCGGCGCGCCCUGCCCCGACUUCCGCCGCGGCGGCGGGUGCCGCCGCGGCGACGCCUGCGACCUCGCCCACGGGGUGUUCGAGACGUGGCUCCACCCGGCGCGCUACCGGACGCAAGCGUGCAAGGACGGCGCCGCCUGCCGUCGGCGGGUGUGCUUCUUCGCUCAUUCCCCUGACCAGCUGCGCAUCGUUCUCUCGCCGGGAAAGGGGAGCGCGUCCCCGAAGUCGACGCUGGUGUCCCCUCUGUCGGAGCUGGCGUCGGGGAUGAGCAAGCUGAAGCUGAGCAAGGCGAAGUCGUUGCCGCCGUCGAGAGGGAGAGGAGACGCCACGUUUGCGGCGGCGCAGCAGUGGGAGGCUCCAGCAGGGCGGUGGCGGCAGAGCUUUAAUAUUCUCGACGAAUGGAAGCAGCAGGAGGAUGAAGCGUCGGCGUCGGCCGCGUCGCUGCCGGACUUGGGGUGGGUGUCAGAGUUGGUGAAGGAUUAAAAAUCCACAACCUUCGACAUUUUUUUAAAAAUCUUGUCAUUAAAUAAAUCUAUUUUUCCCGUAACUACAUUUCGAAGAUUUUUUUUAUUUUUAAUUAUCCCUUUAUUCCCCCAUUAAUGUAUAAUCAGUUAUGUAUCUGAAUUUAAGAGUAAUCAUU